AUGGCCGGCUUGAAAGAACAAUUCUUCUUCAUGCGAUGGUGGCCACCGGCGACCACGUCCUGUCCUGCGGCUUCCCCAUCGGCGGCCGCACCUGGCGCAUCAAGUACUACCCCAACGGCUCCGCCAAGGAGCAUGCCGACUGGAUCUCCCCUUCUUGACGUGGGCGGCGAGCCGGUGCCGGAAUACGUCACCAGCAGCAGCGAGAUACGAACGUUUCCGUCGCCGGGACCUAAAGCCGGGGGAUGGGCCUUCCCCCGCUUCGUCAAGCGACUCGACCUGGAGAGCUCGGCGCACCUGAAGGACGACGGCUUCGCCAUCCGGUGCGACGUCGAUGUCAUGAGCGACCUGGGCCUCCGCGUGGAGGAGACGUUCCUCGAUGUGCCGGAGCCCGACCUGCGCGUCCACCUCGCCCGCCUCCUUCGCACCAAGGACGGCGCCGACGUGGCGUUCAAGGUCGGCGACGAGACGUUCGGUGCACACAGGUGCAUGCUCGCGGCACGGUCUCCGGUCUUCAAGGCCGAGCUCUCCGGCCACAAGGCUGAUGCGUGCGUCAAGAUCGACGGUAUGGAUGCUCCGGCGUUCCAAGCUUUCCUCCACUUCAUAUACACGGACUCGUUGCCGGACAUGUCCGGGCAAGACGUAGCUGCCGUGGCACGGCAGUUAAGCGCGGCGGCGGACAGAUAUCAAGUGGCGAGGCUAAAGUUGGUCUGCGAGGACAAGCUAAACAAAACCACGGCGAUCGUGGAUCAGCGACAGCAGCAUCACCGCCACCGGUGGUUCAUGGGGACGUGCUUGGAGUUUGUGAAUUCGCUUCACCCUCGACGCCAACCGCCACAGCAUUCUCUCCCGUCGACGACGACGCCGAGCUCCACGCCCUCCGCCUCGGCCAUCGUCGUCUCGGAGACGAGCGGGCACCACGUGCUCAAGAUCGAAGGCUACUCGCGGACGAAGAUGAUGCUCCAAAGGGGUCAGCAUGUCGCCUCCGGGGAGUUCCAGGUUGGAGGCCACACCUGGCGCAUGAAGUACUUCCCCAACGGCUGCGACCAGGGCAGCGCAGGCUACAUAUCCAUGCACCUCGAAUGCACCGGCAUCGCCACGGGCGUCGACGUCGUGCAUGCAAAGAUUCGUCAAGAGGUCCGAGCUGGAGAGCUCAAGCUAUAUCUCAGGACGACUGCUUCAACGUCCGGUGCGACCUCGCCGUCUUCGUGA